UAGCUUGGGUGUGAGGGUAGACAAAACUAAAAAAAUAAAUCUUGUAGAGAGAGAAACAAGAGAGAGGAAAAAUCAUUUUUUUUCCUACCAUUUUUUUUCUCUCUUGUACCUCCUCAACCCUUUUGAAAUCAUCCUGCAAAGGGCAGUCAAGAAAAAAAGAUAAUCUAUUCUUUAGAAAAGAAAAAAAAAAGAUUUUUUCUUGUGUGAUUUCAAAUCCUUCAAUCUCUGUUAUUUCUAUACUUUCUCCAAAAAAAAAAAAAAGAUACAGCAAUUUUUUUUUUCUUUUGGAGUUUCAAAUUUUUUUUGCAAAUUUUGUCCACCACCUGCAUUUUCUUGUUGCAGUUGUUUGAAAUUUAUAUUUUUACAAGAAAUGUGACAUUUUGGCAUUUCUACCUCUGCAAUAAAAAGCAGAAAAAGAUUUCAUUAGACUGCCCUUUUUUGUCCCUUAUUUUCUGAUAAAAAUUGAAUCUUGGAGAUUUAUCAACUGAAUUUGUACAAGUGUUGAUGAAGGAGGUGUUGUUAUAGCCUAAGUUUAAUAUUAGAAAAAUGAGAGACCCCAAUUUUAUCAUUUGUAUCAAUAGGGUUGAUUUUUUUUUUCUUUAACUUGUAAUAUAGUUUGUUUAUAGUGUAAAAAUUGUAUAGACAAGCAAAUAGUGGUGUAUUUCUUGUUUGUGUACAACUUUUUUGUGUGUCCAAGUGAUUUUUAAUUGCUUGGAGAGUAAUUUUGUACACGAAAGCUGGCGAUUUUGUGUGGCAUUUUGUAUAGAGUCCUUGCUGUUGGCAGAUAUUGUUACUGCCUUAGCCACUGAUACAUAUGGUUCUUCAAACCAUGGGGGGUAGAUGGAACACUUAUGGAAUCAAGCUAUCAUAUCUUGCUCUGUUGAUUAUCGUUUUGGAGAUUCGUGGUUGUUGUUCUCUUAAUUCGGAAGGAUUGGCAUUAUUGAGAUUCCGCGUGAAAGUGGAUGCUGAUCCGUAUGGCAUUCUUGAAAAUUGGAAUCGAGAUCAUUGUGACCCGUGCAUGUGGUCUGGUGUCCAGUGUAAGCAUGGUAAAGUGCAAAUGCUGGACCUUCGUGGAUAUUCGUUGAAAGCAAAACUCGCACCAGAACUUGGAAAUCUCACUCACUUAAAAUCACUUGUGCUUUCUGAAAACCAUCUUUUUGGUGCUAUUCCUAAAGAAUUUGGACGAUUCAGAAUGCUGGAAGUGCUUGACUUGAGGGAUAACAAUUUGAGUGGAAGAGUUCCAGCAGUAAUAGGAGAUUUGCAAUCACUUAGAAGUUUGUUGAUUUGUGACAAUAACUUCGAAGGGAAGAUUCCUUUGGAAAUAGGGAAGCUUCGUCAGCUCUCAGAACUGCAAUUUGAUGAUUACCUCACCUCUGGUGUUGCUGCUGGAACUGGCAGUAUAAAUAGAAAAUUUGGGCAUUGCAUCUGGCAUGGCAGUUUGAGGCCAUUUAAGACCAUAGGCUCCUUUAUCAGACCAAUUAAAGGGUUGCUAAUAUGGUAUUUUAGUUUCUUCACACUGUUCCCGCAUUUUUUGGAUGCUCAUGCAGACUUCUGCUCUGACCUACCAAGUUCGCCUAUGCCUCACAUUAUCCAUGCUGUAGAGAACCAAGCAAACAUUGAACGCCGUAAGUUAGUUGAACAACCCAGUAACCUUGCUGCUGCUCCUGCUAAUGGAGGGAAACCAUUAGGACUUGUUAUUCCUGUGCCGAGCAGCAGAAGUAGUGGUUCAUUUCGUGCUGUGCCAAAUACUGAAGGAACUCCUCCUCCUCCUCUGACUAUACCAUCACGGACCACACCUCAACAUCAUCAGCCUCCAAAUCCUGGGGGACACUCUAAUGAUGCUGCUAAACGGCCAACUCCUAGUCAAUCCCCACCUGGUGCAAAGUCUGGAAGUUCAUGGAAGUAUAUAGGAAUCGGCACUGGGGCUUUUCUGGCUGCAAUUUUUGUGUGUCUGAUAUUCAUCUGCAAGAGCAAAGCUGCGCGAACAAUAGGCCCUUGGAAGACUGGAUUGAGUGGACAGCUGCAGAAAGCAUUUAUUACAGGGGUCCCAAAACUAAACAGGCCCGAGCUAGUAACUGCAUGCGAGGAUUUUAGUAAUAUUGUUUGGAAUCAAGAUACAUUUACAGUAUACAAGGGAACUCUAUCCAGUGGAGUAGAGAUUGGUGUUUUGUCAACUGCUAUAAAUUCUCUGAAAGAUUGGUCCAAGCGUUCUGAAUUGGCCUUCAGGAAGAAGAUUGAUUCACUCUCAAGGAUAAAUCACAAGAAUUUUAUUAAUCUAAUUGGAUACUGUGAGGAAGAUGAACCUUUCACAAGGAUGAUGGUCUUUGAGUAUGUAACGAAUGGAACACUUUUCGAGCAUCUCCAUGAUGAAGAACUUGAGCCUCUUGAUUGGCCUGCAAGGAUGCGAGCUAUAAUGGGGACAGCAUAUUGUCUUGAGUACAUGCACAAUUUGAAUCCCCCGCUGUCGCAUUCUGAUGUGAAUUCACACUCCAUAUUUUUUACGGAUGAUUAUGCUGCUAAGAUAGCAGAGCUUGCUUUCUGGUCUGAAAUAAUGGUCAAGUCAAAGUCCGCCAGUGGUGAUCUAGAAAACUCUGAGCUGCCACCACUUGCUGAUCCCGAAACAAAUGUCUAUAGUUUUGGGAUUUUGUUGCUGGAAGUAAUAUCUGGAAAGUCACCUUACUCGGAACGAGAGUCUCUUCUAAGCUGGGCGCAGCAAUGCCUUAAUGAUAGACAGAAUCUGAGCAGCUUGGUUGAUCCAAAAUUGAAGUCCUUCAAGAAUAAUGAACUGAUGAUCAUCUGUGAGGUAAUUAGAGGUUGUCUUCAAGAAGAUCCAAGGAAGAGACCAACAAUAAAAGAAGUCAUUACAAAGCUAAGGGAAGCGAUUGACAUUCCACCCGAUGCUGCAGUUCCAAGGCUAUCUCCCCUCUGGUGGGCUGAACUCGAGAUUCUAUCCUCCGAGGCAGCUUAAACUGACUAGUGUGUCUACUUUUGUAAGUCGAGCGUUUGUUUUGCUAUGCAUAAAUGUACUAUGAUAUACCCCACUAAUGUCAACUGAAAGUCCUGUGUACCCAUUUUUCUGUUCAAAAUAUUUAUAUUAGUUCAUUCUUUUAAUAA